UGGUAAAUUCGUUAGCUUGUAAGCUAAGCUAGGAAAUCAAACUAGCAGCCGAUGCUAGGUGCUGAUCCAGCGGGGGAAACCAUUAAAUAUCACGAGUAAUCGAUAUCGAUUGGUUCUCAACAGUACACAGAAAAUGUGUUUGAGUUGAGUUUGUUGAUGUACCCGGUCGGAAGUUGAUAAAGUGCUCUGCAACCCAGCAACAGAUAGAAAGCCGGUUAGCUCUGAGCUACACUGCUGUUGGUAUGUGAGCACUCAAUACACUGGCUUAGUCGCUUAUUUAACGUUACUGUCAAAAACUUCUUACUUGCAUUAACUUAGCUGCAUAGUCAGCAAAAAAAAGUUUCUCGGGCGCUUAUUUGUGUGGCAUAACUUUGUAGUAGAGUGUGAGUGGGUUAUAUAAUAAUUACAGAAGAGCCAAAGUUGCUGACUGAGUGAUGCCUUGAAACUGUCAUAGAUCAUUGAUGCUGACUUUGUUUACAAACUCAAGAUAUUAGAUUGUAUACAAAUGUUUUUUAAAUAUUCAUAAUCCAGUUUACCUCCAUGAUCGUAUUGUAAAUUCUCCAAUUCAAGCACCAUGUCUGUAGAAAUUUCAGUUUCAAAGUGCUCCAUUGGCAUUCUUCAUACAAUAUUGCUGAAGCAUGAAUGCUCACUAUAAGCAACAACAAAAUAAAAUUUCGAGAAGAAAGGAGAAAAGGAAACCUGCCCCAUUUUGGAUCAGUUUCUAUCGCAUGUUGCAAAAACAGGAGAGACCAUGAUUCAGUGGUCUCAGUUUAAAGGUUACUUCCUCUUUAAACUGGAGAAAGUGAUGGAUGAUUUUAAGGCCUCAUGUCCAGAGCAACGGGGAGCUGCCAAUCCAAACGUUGAGUACAUUCCCUUUGAUGAGAUGAAGCAGAGGAUUCUUAAAAUUGUCAAUGGAUACAACGGGAUUCCUUUCACUAUUCAGCGUCUUUGUGAGCUUCUUACUGAGCCAAAAAGAAACUACACGGGAACAGACAAGUUCCUCAGGGGUGUGGAGAAGAAUGUGAUGGUGGUCAGUUGUGUGUAUCCUACCUCAGAGAAAAAAGGAUCAGGUUGUGUGAACAGAAUGAAUGGUGUCAUGUUCCCUGGCAACACUUCAGCGUUUCCAGAUAGAAAUGUGAAUGGUCCAGGAACACACAGGCCACUGAAUAGACCAAAACUCUCCCUGUCCAGCAGUGUAGCUACCAACGGCCUUCCUGACAGCACAGAAAGCAAAGAACAAGUGUCAGAGCAAUCCGACAGAACAGUCAAUGAGCCUUCAGCAUCAGAAGCAGAAGGUUCACACGGUGGUCCAGUGAAGUGUAAACAUCGUGAAGAUGACGAUGCUACAAACACUGAGACUCAUGAAGCAAAGAGACUCAAGUUCGAAGAGGAGGAAGAUGACAAUGAGGAAGGAAUAGAGAAAGAGCUGGAUGAAAAGCAGUCGCCCUGCACAUCGGUAGCAGAGAGCUCAUCGGAUGUACCGCAGUCCUCAUCAGACGUCACUGCGGAGGUGAAGGAUAAUAAACCUGACGACAUCGUCACUGAAGACCAAGAACCCUCGAGUACACAGUCAGAGGUCGUAGAAAACGGGGUUGACAAAUCCACUUCGGAUGAUUCACCCGACCCUUCCCACAAUCAGGCGACUGGCAGCGAAUCAGAUCUACCAGAACAGCGGUCGGAAAGGGAAGAGAGCGCUGAGGCUCAGGAAACGGACGAGAGAAAUGACCCAGUCAGCAGUAGUAGCAGCAGCAGCAGCAGCAGCAGCAAUAACAGCAGUGACGAGGGAGUGUCCAGUGCAGAGACUCCAUCUGCAUGUCCCAGCAGUUCCACAGAGCUGGCGGCAGAGGGCAGUGCCACUGCAGAAAUCAGUUCAGACAGCUCAGAGACUGCAGAUGACACCAUGGAGCAAGACUGAAGUUUGGCCGCACAUUGAUUUUUACACUCUACUGUACAAAACCCCAAAAAUCACUUAUCCUGCGAGUUUAGCAGAUCCUUUAUAGACCAGGAGAGGAGGGCAUUGUGAUGACCUCUCGUCCUUAUGACCCUUAUUCGGGCAUCUUCUCUUAAUAUGGGCUCUUCUCUGAAGAACAACUAAAAAAAAACUGGAAGCUCAUCUUUCUGGUGGAUGAGCAGAGCGUUUGCCAUUGAGUAACUCGAAUGCCUUGUGUCCAUGGCGGUUUUCUGUAAUUCUGUUCUAAUCAUGGGCGUCCAUCAACUCCACAUCAACACGUUCUAAAGCUGUUGGGUAAAACACCUUUUAUUUCACGUCAGAUCUCUCUCCUGCUCUACUAAAAGUGAAAACUUGGCAAAUCUUUGGUUUGUGUGAAUGUGUGCAUAUGUUUGUGGGGUGAGGGGUGUGUGUGCACUUCCUUUAGUUUAGUCCAGUCAACGGAUGAUCUCAGGAUUCCCGUUGACCGGCAGGCCAGUGUCUAAACAUUCCAGGAGAACACCCCUCUCCCCUCAUAUUGCCUUCUGCAUUCAUCUGCUGGCUUGUGGCACAAAGUGCUCAAUAGCAGCAUUAGACCGAUUUCCUUUCUUUGCUAUUAUUCUUUGAUUUUUAGGUUCUUUUGAUUUUAACUGCCUUCCCAGCAUAGCACCGACAUGUAUUAAUCCACUGAUGCUGGUAAAUAGAUUCUAAAAUGGACUAAUGUGAUUUUCCAUGCACUAGAUGCUCGAGUGCUGUUGGUUGCAAUGUGUAACUUAAUAUAGUGAGCCUGUGUUUUCGACUGACAUAUUAUGCUUAACCACUAUUGAGCCAUGCUUAUUUGUUAUAAGAUUUUCAUUUUGUUUCAUCAAACAAUGGCAAACAGUUGUAUAAAGGUUCAAAUGAGCAACACUGUCAACACCAACAUCUCUUAAACUGUACUUUUCAUGCUUCCUACAGACAUGUAUACAGGCUGUUCUACCCAUACCUAUUUCCACAGCUCCUUUUUGAUAUGUAGAAUUUUUAAAUUAGAUUUUGUAGAUUAUAAGUGUUCACUGCUUUUGUGAAAAGUGAAAAUUGUAUGAUCUCCAUGUGAACUGAAUGCUUGGGCUUUCAACAGUAUUUCUGAAGAGCAAUAAAUGUUCACAUUAAAA